CCAUUUUUGGAGGAACUGCCUAUCUGAAGAGAGAGAAACUUUGCUUGCUGCUAAGCGCUAACGGCUAUUAGCUAGCUGGCCAGUGGGUUGCCUGGGAGCGAGCUCGAUGUGACAGUUUGGGCUUGCCCGUCGUUAACCUCGCACUGAUGUAAAUUAUUAUUCCUGCUGUCAACCUGUAUAUAUGAGAUAACACGCUGACAACUUACGGAACAUCUGAGAAAGACUUGAAAAAUAGUGACUCCGUCUGUGUUUGGGUAGGGCAGACUAGAUAGCGAAUUAGCGUUGCUAAUUUUUUUUUACAGCUAGCGAAUUCACACUGAUUUCUAUGGACCGCAUUGGCCGUCUGAUUUAGCCAUCUGGCUCUGCUGUAGCAGGGUGACUGUAAUCAGCUGCUGGCUUUACAACGCUUCUUCUCAACCCGUGUGGAUGCCCUUUUUUGUCAGGUGUCCGCGUGCUGGCAUCUCAGACUCAUCCACUACUGCAAAUGAGGCCGCUGCUGCUGCUGUUCAGCUCAGCACACAGAUAGUCCCAUCACCUGUGUGUGGGUGAAAAGGGACUACAGAAACCAGGAUGCCCUCCUCCAUAAGGGCAGGAAGCCUGAAGGACCCGGAGGUGGCUGAGCUGUUCUUCAAGGAAGAUCCAGAGAAGCUGUUCUCUGACCUUCGGGAGAUCGGCCAUGGCAGCUUCGGCGCCGUCUAUUUUGCAUGGGAUGUGCGCACAAAUGAGGUGGUGGCAAUUAAGAAGAUGUCCUACAGCGGCAAGCAGUCUAAUGAGAAAUGGCAGGACAUCAUAAAGGAAGUGAAGUUUCUCCAGAGGAUUCGUCACCCCAACAGCAUAGAAUAUAAAGGCUGUUACCUUCGUGAGCACACAGCAUGGUUGGUGAUGGAGUAUUGUCUUGGCUCCGCCUCUGACCUUCUUGAAGUUCACAAAAAACCUCUGCAAGAGGUUGAGAUUGCUGCCAUCACACAUGGUGCUCUGCAGGGACUGGCCUACCUUCACUCCCACAACAUGAUCCAUAGGGAUGUGAAGGCAGGAAACAUCCUGCUAACUGAGCCUGGCCAGGUUAAACUGGCAGACUUUGGCUCUGCCUCCAUCGCAUCGCCUGCCAACUCCUUUGUGGGAACGCCAUAUUGGAUGGCUCCAGAAGUGAUUCUAGCUAUGGAUGAAGGCCAGUAUGAUGGGAAGGUGGAUGUCUGGUCCUUAGGGAUCACCUGUAUAGAAUUAGCUGAGAGGAAGCCUCCUUUGUUUAACAUGAAUGCAAUGAGUGCCUUAUACCACAUAGCGCAGAAUGAGAGUCCCACGCUGCAAUCCAGUGACUGGUCGGAUUAUUUUCGAAACUUUGUCGAUUCUUGCCUUCAGAAAAUCCCCCAGGACAGACCACACUCUGACGACAUGUUGGGUCAUGCUUUUUUGCAACGUGAGCGACCAGAAUCCGUGCUGAUGGAUCUCAUUCAGAGAACCAAGGAUGCCGUUCGGGAGCUGGAUAACUUGCAGUACCGCAAGAUGAAGAAGAUCCUUCUGCCAGAGGCUCACAAUGGACCCACAGCAGAAGCACAUGAUGGAGAAGAAGACCUGGAGUCGGGUGGAGGACGGACUGGAACGGUGAACAGUGUCGGCAGUAAUCAGUCCAUCCCCAGCAUGUCCAUCAGCGCCAGCUCACAGAGCAGCUCCGUCAACAGUCUAAACGACGCGGCCCAGGACAGCCGUAGCGAGCUGGACCUGAUGGAGGGAGAUCGCACCGUCAUGUCCAACAGCUCCGUCAUACACCUAAAACCGGAGGAAGAGGAAGGUCUGACGGGGGAGAAGGCCGCCAGCAGUCAACCCACUGAGCCUCAGGCAGCACCAGCUCAGGCCCCAAGAAAGCACUACCGCAACAGAGAGCACUUUGCCACCAUACGCACAGCCUCGCUGGUGACUCGUGAAAUACAAGAACAUGAGCAGGACUCUGAGCUCAGGGAGCAGAUGUCAGGGUACAAACGCAUGAGACGGCAGCAUCAGAAGCACCUGAUGGCGCUAGAGAACAAGUUGAAAGGGGAGAUGGAUGAACACAGGCUGAGACUGGACAAAGAGCUGGAGAGCCAGAGGAACAACUUCACCCAGGAGAUGGAGAAGCUGUUGAAAAAGCACCAAGCAGCCCUGGAGAAGGAUGUGAAGACAUUUGCAAACGAUGAGAAGAAGUUCCAGCAGCACAUCCAGGGUCAGCAGAAGAAAGAGCUCAGCAGCUUCUUAGAGUCACAGAAGCGAGAGUAUAAACUACGCAAGGAGCAGCUCAAAGAGGAACUGAGUGAGAACCAAUCAACUCCCAAAAAAGAGAAGCAGGAGUGGCUGUCCAAACAGAAGGAGAACAUCCAGCACUUUCAGGCGGAGGAGGAGGCGAACCUACUAAGGAAACAGAGGCAGUAUCUGGAACUGGAGUGUAGGCGCUUCAAACGCAGGAUCCUUAUUGCCAGGCACAAUGUUGAGCAGGAUCUGGCCAGAGAGGAGCUAAACAAACGGCAAACGCAGAAAGACCUGGAACACGCCAUGCUGCUCAGGCAUCACGAGUCAAUGCAGGAGCUGGAGUUCAGGCACCUGGCUACGAUCCAGAAGGCCCGGGCGGACCUGAUCCGAACCCAGCACGAGACGGAGCUCACCAACCAGCAUGAAUACAACAGGAGGAGGAAGAGGGAGUUGAGGCGCAAGCAUGCUAUGGAGGUCCGACAGCAGCCCAAAAGCCUAAAGUCCAAGGAGCUUCAGAUUAAGAAGCAGUGUCAAGAAACAUGUAAAACCCAGAGGCGGCAGUACAAGGCUCUCAAGAACCAUCUUCUGGAGACAACACCCAAGUCUGAACACAAGGCGGUGCUCAAGAGACUAAAGGAAGAGCAAAAAAGGAAGCUGGCUAUCCUGGCUGAGCAGUACGACCACUCCAUCAACGAAAUGCUCUCCACACAGGCGCUGCGGUUGGAUGAGGCUCAGGAGGGUGAGGGUCAGGUUCUAGACAUGCAGCUGCAGCAGGAGCUGGAGCUGCUCAACGCUUACCAGAGCAAGAUCAAGAUGCAAACGGACGCUCAGCAUGAGAAGGAGCGGAGGGAGCUGGAGCAGAGGGUCUCUCUGCGGCGAGCUCUGCUGGAGCAGAAGAUCGAGGAGGAAAUGCUUUCCCUGCAAAACGAGCGCUUGGAGCGAAUCCGCUCUCUGCUGGAGCGCCAGGCCCGAGAAAUCGAGGCUUUCGACUCGGAGUCCCUGCGGCUGGGUUUCAGCAACAUGGUUCUGACUAACUUGGCUCCCGAUUCCCAGGGAGGCUGGGGUGGAGGAGGCGGUGGAGGCUCCGGGCCUCAAGGGGGAGGCCACUGGUCCGGAGGAGGCGGAGGAGGCAGCCAGCACAGUCAUCACCACCAGGGGAGCUCCAGCUCGCAGCAGCCCUGGGGUCACCCCAUGCUCGCCGGGGGCCCACCACCUUGGAGUCUCCACAACCCCGUAGGAGGGAGUCAGAGGGUUAGCCAGGGAAGCACAGGGGGGGUGAGGAACAGCCCACAGGCUAUGAGGAGGACGUCAUCAGGGGGGAGGAGUGAACAGGGCAUGAGCAGGAGCGCCAGCAUCACCUCUCAGAUCUCCAACGGAUCGCACCUGUCAUACACGUAGAGCACACACUCGCAGAAGACGGGGGUCGCCUCAGCACAACACACACCUACACACUCUGAGGCGGCGCCACAUCCCAUAAUACUCAGACUGGGUUCCACAUCCACCCCAACAUUUUGUUGUAAAGCUGGCAGCAUCUGUGGAAACCCAGACACUAAUCCAAGAUAGCCGAGGGCCAUUUCCAGUGUGCCACACUACAGUCGUGUCAUUUGAACAGGGUUGCUCUGUGUGCUUGUUUGCCAGCUUCCAUUGCCAUAAACCCUUUGGUGACAAUUUCCCCGUGAAAACAGUUGAGUGGUUUACCGUUGUUUUUUUUUUUCUGCAAAGGAUUUCUUUAAGUGGAUAUUUGGUGUUGUAGAUACCAGUGAGGUGUAAUCUAUUAAGCCACUUGCAGCCAAAAGGAGACAACAGAGGGAAAAGGUAAUGAGAGCUCAAGUACCAAUAGUUAUUAUUGAUGUUAUUGUGGCUACAGGACGAGCGUUCACCUCUAAAGUACCAUGGGAUACUUUCAAAUGACGAUCAGAGUUAUGCAAGUACACUGAAUGAAGCUGCUAAGAUAGCAAUAGCUGGACUUAACUGUUGAUGCCAACAUUUGCUGCCGUGUUUUGGUCAGGUAUUGUCAGAAGGCCAAGUGAAAUUUGAACUCUUGUUAUUUUUUUCUUUUUUUUUUUUUUAGCUGCAUGCUCAUCUUCAUCAGUUCAGGACUGGGGUUUCCACAGCCCUCUGCCUCAUGAGGAAUCCUAAAACCUUCACAUGUUUAUUGUUAACUGAUAUCUAAUUUGGCAGUGUUUUAUGAUACAGUGGGGGUGGGGGGUGACAACAACAAAAAAAAUAGCCUGCAGGCCGUUGAAAAAGAUAAAUGCAAAUAGAGCUUAGCCGCUGUCGUCAUGACGGCGAGCUGCACUUAAGCACAGCCUCUCACACACCUUUCAAUGGUAAUCGGACUCAUGCGGAAACACAUACAUACAGGAAAUCCACCGUUUUGUAAACUUGACUGGUGGAUGCAUGUGCAAUUAAAAUGUAAACAUUAGAAUUUUAGGAAGAAGCGGCUCAAAGCAGAGGAGUUGGCUCACUAAUGGAAGAGCUGCUGUCGCCCUCUGCUGGCCGGCGACGGCUGAAUGUCUUAAGAGGACGGAUGAGCGGUGAUGCUGUGGUCUCUGCCGCCGUGCCCCUGCUACCUUCCCUGCUCUGACAGCCCGCUCUGCCCCCCCCCCCCCCCCCCCCAAACCACCGCCAGGCCACAAGCUCAGCCACCGUCUCCCCCCCCCCCCUUCCUUUUGAAGUGUUUUUGUACUCACCGGCCUCUUCUAAUCUACUGCAAAAGAGCUCUUUAAUUAAACAAAAAAA